AUGCUCUCCAAAAAACCAAUUUAUGCUUUACAAUCUAGCAAAAGCAGCUUUCAGAUUCCCGAUUUCAAAUUUAAACUCGAUUUUCUUAACAGUAUACCCAACGAAUUUGUUAAUAUAAACGACCAAAAUAAUAUUAAUAAUGAAGAAGAUGCACCCAGGAUCAAGUCCAAUAAUAUUUCAAAUCCCAAUUAUGUCAAAAAUUUAAAGGAAGGCAUAAAAUCAUUGGAGGCAUUAGGAGAGGACGGACUUACACUUGAGCAAGAGGAAUUGCAAGAGAAUGGCACAUACACGAUUAACGAUUUAUAUUUUGAAGAUGAUUCAUAUGAUGACACUAAUAUAGCCAUGUUAGCCAGCUCCCCCGGUCCAUUAGCUAUCGAUAGUGCCACGAACGUGUUUAGUUUGGUUAACGAUGAGCCUGAUAAUGAAGGAAGACAAAAAUCACUCAUUUCAAACAAAAGUAUCUUGCAUAGUAAAUUGAGAAGAAAUAUGGCUAAGAAGAAGGGAGAUUACAUGUGUGGUCUAGGAAGCUUCUACCCUAAAUGCUUGCAGAGGUUUGCCAAUAUUAAACUGUUCUCUAUUCAUUACGCAUUAGCUAUUCUAUCUAUCCUUAUGUUCCACACCAACUUUAUUGGUUCCGUCACUAGUAUAGAGAAGCGUUUUGGCUUUCCCAGCAAAAAAAGUGGCUUCCUAAUGUCAAUAAAUGAUAUAGGGCAUGUUCCCUUUGUUAUACUGGCGUCAUUCUAUUUGGGUAAUUCUAGGAAGCCUCUUAUAUUGGGAAUUGGGACGAUUCUAUUUUCCAUCGGCGUCUUCUUAGUGACGUUGCCGUAUUUUAUAUACGGACCCGGGGAUGACUACAAAAAAAUUUCCUUUGCCGACGAUAAAACAUUUUCAUAUUCUAGUUCAAGUAACAACAGCGAAAGUCUCUUUUUUAAUCAAACGCUUAUAUUUAAUCACGAGGUAUUAUCGUUGAUGAGAAACAAUUCAAAGGAAGAUACUCAUGUGUCUAAUUACAUAUGUCAAAAAGGGCACAAAAGAGGAGGAAAAAUUGGUAAAGUAUGUAACAAGGCCGAUUUUAAUCAAUUUAGUUACGUGGUAAUGAGUGUGGGAGAGGUGAUAUUAGGGAUAGGAGGAAGUUGGAUAGGACCCCUUGGUGUGGCUUAUAUAGAUGACAAUGUUAAAGACUCGAAAUCUGUGCCUCUAUACAUGGUGACUCGGGUAAAAUUGGCCACUGUAUCUUGUGUGAGAUCUUUAGGUCCGGUUUUUGGAUUUUUGCUAAGUGCAUUGUGCGCAGGACUUCACGAAACCCUAAAAGACCCAGGCUUGGAUAAAAGAGACCCUAGAUGGAUAGGAGCAUGGUGGCUAGGUUUUUGUCUCAUCAUAUGCCUUCAGAUAGUAAUCGGGAUUCCUCUCGUGUUUUAUCCCAAGCACAUGAAAAGCCAAGGAAUUAAUUCUUUGGAUCGUAAAGAGAAACUCGAGAGCCUUAAUGGAAAUAAAAUCAUAGUUUACACUCAUCUCAGCAAAAAAAGUGAUGGUGACACAUUAUUGGUUAAAGUUCGAGAAACUAAAAAAUUUACUAGCAUUUUAAAAGCAGUGAAUGAUUUGCUAAAGAAUCCAGUUUACAUGAUCACGACCAUUGGUGAAUGUAUAAGUAUCUAUUCUAUAGUUGGUUAUAUGAUAUUUUUACCCAAAUUUAUGGAAUCACAAUUCGCUAUAUCCGCAUCUCAGGCUAAUAUCAUUGCAGGAGCCUUAGGAGUGUUUUCAUCUAGUACUGGUAUAUUGAUAGGUGGUUAUAUAAUGAAAAAAUUGAAUAUAAAAUUGAGAGGAGCCUUGCUUAUUUCCAUCAUUGGUCUAUUAAUAACUUCAAUUAAGGCUAUUAUCUUGAUGAAUCUUAGAUGCGAACCAAUUAGAUUAUCCGGGUACAUAUCAGAAGAAACUAGUUGCAAUUUGCAAUAUUUCGAACCUGUGUGCGGAAAUAACGACAAUCGUUUAUAUUACAAUCCAUGCUUUGCGGGUUGUGAAAGCUACAUUAGGGAUAAACAAAUUAAAGCGUAUACAAACUGUUCCUGUCUAGAGAAACAAAUUAACAAUUUAAAUGGCAGUUUGUCUAAUCCUUCUUCCGCUACUCCAGGACUAUGCAAAAGAGGCUGCCGUCAAUUCAUACCUUAUUUGAUAAUAAUGGCAUUUGGAAGUUUCUUAGCAGCUCCUUCAAUAGUAGCCGUUACAAUGGUCAAAUUAAGGUGUGUUACUAAAGAAGAAAAGCCAUUCGCACUUGGAUUCUCUUCCUUUUUAAUGAGUCUUAUAGCUUUUCUUCCUGGCCCUCUGAUAACUGGCGCCUUAAUAGAUAAAACAUGCUUAGUCUGGAAACAUAGUUCUUGCUACCGCCAAGGUUCAUGCUUAUUUUACGACACUGAUAAAUUACGAUUUGUGAUCCAUGGCAUUUUAACACUUUCUAAACUAGUGGCAACGUUUUGUUAUCUGAUAGCAUGGAGAUUCUCGAAAGAUAAACGAUAUCAUGAACUCGAAAAUACGCAUUAUUAA